UAAUUUAAUCCUUGUCAACUUGCUUCUCCAAGUUCCACUAAGAAGCCUAAGGCUAUCUGUGGACUCUUAUUCCUUUCCUGUAAUGGCAAGAAAGACCGCAGAUUCAGAUAACAGAUAAAUGAUUUUUAGACAAGUUAAGAACUCCGGGUCCACAGUAGAGUUUUUUGUUCCUAUCAUGAAAGAUCGAAGGGAAUUAUCAGCAAAGAACACAAUCCUAGCAUUUGAAGCAUAGGGGACAUCCAGCCGUCAAGGUACUUUUUGAUAAUCUUUCUUUAAAGCAAUGGACUUCUUCGAAUGGAAUCCAUAUGAUAUCCAGUAGUGAACUCCAAGCCUCGGAAAAUAACUUCCAGUUCUUGCAACCUCUAAAUGAAACAUAUAUAAACACUAGAACAAGCAAGCUGACGUCCAUAGCUUCACAACAGUAUACCAAGAUGAAUUCAACUCUUCUUUUGUUCAUCAUCUUCUGCACUUCCAUCAAUAUCUGCCUGGCAGAUAGCGGUAACCUCCAGGAUGCUUGUCCAACCGAUAUGAAAGCAAAACAAACUACGUUCGUCAACGGUUUCCCUUGCAAGAAUCCUUCCAGCAUCAUUGCUCCAGAUUUCAAGACUUCAGACAUAAACCAUACUGGAGAUACAGACAACUUCCUUCAUUCCUCGGUAAACAUACUCACUGCUGCAGAUUUCCCAGGCCUGAACACUCUCGGCCUAUCAAUUGCAAGAACUGACCUUGAUUUGGAUGGUAUGGUAAUGCCUCAUUCCCACCCUAGAGCCUCUGAGUUGUUCUUUCUUAGAAAAGGUAUUGUGCUUGCUGGUUUUCUCGACAGCAACAAUACUCUUUUUCAAUCGCUCAUAAAGGGAGGCGAUGUCUUCUUGUUUCCCCGCGGUCUGCUCCAUUUUUGCUUGAAUGCUGGUUAUGAGCCUGCAACUGCAUUCUCCGUACUGAACAGCCAGAAUUCAGGGGUGGUAAGCAUUGCUGGUGCCUUGUUUGAGACUAAUUCGGAACUGAUAGAUAAGAUUACAAGGAAAUUGAUCUCCGUUCCCGUGUCCGAGCUUAAACACAUCAGGAAUGCCACUCUGGCUAAAUUUUCCAGAAUUCAUAUACAGUAAAGCCUAAGAACAUUGUGCUGAUUUAUAGUUUCUAUAUGAAGUGUUGUAUUGCCAUUGGUACCAGCUUGAACAUUUGUGUGCAACAUGAGUGAAAAAUGCACUCUUUUGUUUUAAAAUGCUUACUUCAGUGGUUUGAUGUUCCACUCUAUAUCCAUACUUUUAAGACAAGAUACAAAAGAGUGUUCUUGGAUUGCAUUGGUGUAUUAUGUCUUAAUUUUUGCUUGUACUUUGAGCCCUAAGUAAAUCUCUAGAGCUUGAUUAUAUUUGUUUUGA